AUUGUUCCCAGCCAUGUCGGGGGCCCCUUUGUGGGCCGGGCCUUUGAGGUCGGUUGCUCCCUUGCACAGGGAAAGAGCUUACUUAAACGGAAUGGAACGGAACGGGAGGCCCCGGCUGGUGGGCAGGUCGCCUGCUGCCGAUACAAGAAGGGACAAAGGGCUCGGACCAUUCCGGCCUUUCCUUAGCUGCUCUCCUUGCAAGCGCUUUCCUCCCCAUGGGUCUCUUGAUGAGUUCAACAAGACUGAGAUCGGCACGGAGCCCGAUCUCACAGAUGGGGAAGCUGAGGCCAGCGGCAGCUUCCCCCAGCACAGAAGAGAGCUCCUGGCAUUCCAGCAGGGGGUGACUGGAAGAAAACCAGGGACCUGGUCUAACCACCUCACUCUUCAGAUGGGGAAUAGCUGGAGAUACAGGAAAUGGCAGAGCACGAUUUCUGCACUGGAGGUUUCCCCAGGUGCCCCUGCUGGGUGGUGGGGAACACAGGAGCCACGACCAUCCCCACGAGUUGGCUGUCAGUUUUAUGGAUUCCCAGAAUAUUUAACAGCUGGGUGGAUGGGACUGGUCAAGGCUGGCCUGUUCUCUCCCACAUCUACCCACAAGGUAUCUUCCUGGGAAGCAGGGAAGACAGUGCAGGCCCUGCCCUGUGAGUGCAUGAGUGCCUGGGAGUCAGGACUCCUGUGUUUGGGCGGCCCUGACUCCAGUUUGCUCUGUGGCCCCAGGCAAGCCACUCACCUUCUCUGGGCCAUCCAUCAAACAAGAGAUAAGAUGCUCUCCGGGGCUAGCCCUUCCCCUUCGGACGGAAGGCACCUGUUCUCUUUGCCACCUGACGCCAAGUCACUGUUCAGCUUGUGGGCGACGGAGCCAGAAACAUGGAAAAAUCUCAUGCUGCUGCCAAAGUCCAGGGAGAGCUCAGAGAAGGCUGCUGGAAAAAGGCGCAGAGCUGUGGCCGGACAGAGUAGGCCCCGACCAAACACAGAGCCGCUUCGACAGGAGCCAGGGCACGGUCCUGAGACGAGCCUCAACCCUGGAGGGCAGCAAUGGACCAUACGCGUGUCUAAGCCCCCAUCACCAGCAGGGGCCCCAGUGACUCAGAGCCUGCUCUUCCUGAACCCACUCGGCAGGAAGAAAACUGAAGGCCCAAGAGCCCCAGCCACACUGUGA